GAGGCAGGCAGCGUUCGUCUUCCGCGCUGGGUCCAGGGUUUGGCACGCGCAUGGGCGACUUCAUGCCUGCCAAAGUGUUUACGCUCGCUUGGUAGCGCAAUAGACUAAGACUUGGAAACAUGCUGAGCUCCACUUUAGGCCGGUCGCUCGGGACAUACCCCAGCUCGAGGCCAAAAUGCAUCCCGCGUGCAUCCUUGCGAAACCCGGCUCGGGUACUAGUCGUUCGUCAAAAUAAGAUUGGUGAUGAUCUGUUAGACUUCGUAACAGCUGGGCCAAAGCUGCGGAAGUGGUAUGGCGCGGGCGAGCGUCUCACCGACGGUGGGCCAGAGGAGGAGCCGGAGGAGCCGGAGGAGCAGGCGCCCACCGGCGACGCUGUGCUGGUGACGGACGCGGACGGCGGCGUGGGUGAGCAAGUGGUGCUGCAGCUCAUCCUGGCCAGGCAGGAGCUGAAGCUGCUUGUCAAGGACGUGGCCGCCGCUAAGAACGCCUACGGCCCCUACACGACGCCGCUGCCGGCGGAGGCGGUGGCGGCGGCGCCCGGCAAGGCGCUCCGCGGGUCCAAGGCGCUGGUGCUGCUGGGGCGGCUGCCGGGCGGGCCGGCGCUGCUGGAGGCGGCGCGGGCGGCGCGGGUGGCGCACGUGGUGCUGCUGACGGCGGCCCCGGGCGCCACGGCGGGCGGCGGCGGCUUCAGCCUGGGCGGUCUGCUGGGCGGCGGCGAGGCGGCGCGCGACCUGAAGGGGCUGGGCGACGCGGCGGCGGCGGAGGCGGUGCGGCGAUGCGGCAUACCCUACACCCUGGUUCAGGUGGCUGGGCUCACGGACGCGGGCCGGGGUGGCGGCGUGCGUGUGGAGCAGCAGCAGGCGGCGGCGGCUGGCGGCGCCGCCGCGGGCGCCAGGGCUCCGCUGAGCCGUGAGGGGCUGGGGGCGCUGGUGGCGGGUGUGGUGGAUGUGGUGCCGGCACGCGGCCGGACGGUGCUGGCGCAGGGCGCUCCCGCCACCGGCUCGGCUCAGGAGCAGCAGGAGGCGAUUGCCGCGGCGGUGGCGGCCCUACCCGAGGACGCGUGAGGAACCAACGGGUGCGAGGAGGCGCGGUGAGACUUGCGACACGGACAGCGAUGACACUGAACGGACUACUUGUGUGCCGCGUGUGUGUGUUGGUGUCCUUGUGGAGAGGGCGAGAAGGCAGGUGUGCACAUAGAGCGGAGGGGCCGCUCGAGCGGACUGCUGAGCGAAUGAGAGGAGGAGCCUUGAGAAGAACCUUGAGAGGAGCGUGCUUCGGACGGACAUUGGAGGUGCCGUGAGUCUGAGCGACGGGCGCGGCUGCCGGCGGUGCGGGGUCCGCCGGACUGGUGGGCACUGCUUGAGCUGGUGCGUACGGUAGCUGCAUUUGUGUGUGCGUGUGUGUGUUGGGCGAUGCUGGGGCUGUGUUUGUGUCGAACACUUGCAAUGCAGUGCCGCCUUGCAGGCAAAAGACGGCUAGCGGUUUUGUCAGCUUGUGCGUGGUGGCCGGUGGGAUGCUUGGCGGGACCUGAUGAUGCAUGAGCAAGGGAGGAAUGAGAUGGCAGACUCCAGCCUGCUCCAGCUGCCGCUUUCCAGUACUGUGACUUGCUACUUGCUAGCUACCUUGCAGCUCGCCCCCGGUGAGACCCCGGAUCAUUAUGUGCUUGUACGGUAACAGUAACAGUGAUCCCUUC